ACAGCUCAAGUCGGGAUUUAUUUUUAGAAGGGGAAGUACCUUUGGAAAGUCCCACCACAAAAUGGGCAGUUUGCAGAAUGCGUUGUAACAGGCAUCGAAUCAAGCGUUUUCUACAUAUCCAGUGUUAAUUAGUCGCUACAGCGUUGUUUGGCUUGGUGACAAAGACUUUCCAAUAUGGCAUCAAGCAGUGAUGUUGGUGAGAUUCCAAAGGUAUCAGCCAAGGACAUCAAAUAUGAUGAAACACCGAUAGGCCGUGGCGGCUAUGGCUAUGUGUACCGCGGCGUCCACAAGGACCUUGGGACUGUCGCCAUCAAAACAAUGAUUGCUGAUGGACUACUGCCAUCCAGGCAUCAAAGGAUCUUCAAGGCCGAGGGCAAGAAGCUGUGGGAGCUGAAGCAUACCUCCAUUGUGCGUCUGCUCGGCCUUAUCAUGGAGGAGAACAACUACUCACUCAUUCUGGAGUACAUGCAUUUCGGCAGUCUGACCGCUUUCCGCUCCGACUUUGUGGACAUUGACUGGUCACUGUUGGUCAGUGUAAUCCGUGAUGUCAUCCAUGGCAUGGAGUAUCUUCAUGGACCCGAUCCACCGAUCCUCCAUCUUGACUUGAAGUCGGACAACAUCCUCAUCAACAGAAGGAUCCGAGCUAAGAUCACCGACUUUGGCCUGUCUCAGUGGAAGACGAUGACGCGUACCAUGACUCGGAGCCAGGGCGGGGAGGAGAAGGGGAGGAAGGGUACAGUCACCCAUGUACCCCCAGAAGUGUGGAACAACAUCAACACUGCCCCCAACAAGGGAUAUGAUGUCUACAGCUUUGGCAUCGUACUGUGGGAGACAGUGGUUGGAGAUAGGCCUUUUGCCAGAGUGAGUGAUGACAUCAUCCCCAAGGCUGUGUUGAGUGGCCAGAGACCCGACAUGACCAUGAUCCCAUCUCAGUGUCCUCGGGAAGUGAUGGAGAUGAUGACCAGAUGCUGGACACAGCAGUCAGACAAGAGGCCAACAUUUGCAGAAAUGAAGGUGGAAAUUGAUGCUUUGUUUGAGAAACUUGCCCCUGCAGUGCCAGAGGCCUUAGGAAAACUGGAGAAGGAGAUUGCAGGCCUAUAUGAUGCUGAAGAUCUUGGGGGUGACACUGCAGCUACAGCUGAUUCUGAAAGUAUUUUUGAUGCUGCAACCAAACUCACUAAGCCACUGACGAACCUCUCCACCACAAGUCCUCAGAGUGUUCAGAUGGAGGACAUAGGUGAAGAAGAGGAUGUCCCCAAAACAACAGGACCCCCUGUUCCUAAUGGCCAGAGUCUGCCCAUUGUAGGACUGCAGGAUGAAGCACCUUCUGGACCUAGUCGAGGUGCAUCCACAACUGCUGCCUCAUCCUCAACAUCUAAAGCCCCUGCAGCAACAGGGGCUGGAUCUGCAUCACAAGCCAAGCCUAAGCCCCAGGCAGCCUCAACUACAGCUACAGCAACAGCAACAUCAGCAACAACAACAGCAACAUCUGGGUCUUCAACAUCAGGAGCUACCACUGCACCAGCAGCUGCACCAGCAGCUGCACCAGGACCUUUUGUGAUGACUGAAGAACAGAAGAAGGCCCUUCGACGUGUACUACGGGAUCCGGUGGGAAUGCUUCUCAUGCACAAGGAUGCUCAGCUAUGUAAGAAAGUGUUUGGAGUUGACCUGGAGCUACAGAAGAAGAUUAAAGACCCCAAGGAACUGUUGAAGCUCCUGGAGAAGGAUCCACUCCUGAGGAUGGAACUUAAGAGGAAGGGAGCAGAACAUGUAGGCUGGCUGUUCUUUCCCCACAGGAUGAAGGAUGAAAUCAGGAGGAAGAGGCCCAAUAGGACGCCAAAACCUGAGGCGGUGAACAGAAUGAAGACCCUGAGAGAGGAACGACAGAAGAGAGAGAGCAAGAACACUCCUAAGAUGGAUUUUGACCACAAAGAAAAGAAAAGCUCUGGUAUAGCAUCUGGAUUAAUGGGACUGUUCAAGAAGGAUAAGUAUAAGAAGAUGGAGAAGGAUCCUAUGUCCAAAUACAUGGAUCCUUACCACGAUCCUUACAGUGACAUGAUGGACAUGCGGCGGAGCAUGGGGAUGGGAAGCUUGGCUCCCGACAUGAGUUACAAACUCAAGAGAGCUCUUCGAGAUCCUCAAAUGAUCAGAUACAUCCUACGUGAGGAGACACCCCCAAGGAUCAGUCCGGUGGAUCGAGAAGUGAUGGAUGUGAUCCGAGACCCUGAUAAGCUGCUCGAAUACAUGAGGCAGGACCCAAAACUUCUGGACAUUCUUGUAGCCACAGACAAAGAGGCUUUGAUGAAGCUUGUGGCUCGGUCAAGAGGACCUCAAUCUCGUCACAUGCGAAACAUGAGAGGUCCUCGGAGGAUGCCGGGGAUGUACCGAGGCCUUGAGAUGGACAUGAUGGACAUGGACCUGGAGGACGAGAUGAUGAUGAACCCAGGCAGAUAUGAACGCCACAAGCAGACAAGGGAACUCAUGGACAUGUUAAAGAAUCCAGGGUUGCCGAGUUCGUUAAUGGACCCUUCAUCAUCAAGUUCAUCCUCAAGGCCCAGCACUGUGUCCAGACCCCCAAAUACCCCCCCAGCUUCAACCUCAGCAGCCGCUAGUGCCACCAACACUGCUGCCAGCAACACUGGCCCCAGUAAAGUCAACACUGCCGCCAAUUCUAACACCACCCCUGGACCUGGAUCCAAAGGUCCAAGUCCAACCAAAGCUGCAACAAUACCUUUGAAAUCCUCAGCAACAGAGAGCAAGGAUGCUUCUAAGUCUGCCACGACCAACAUCUCCCAAACUGGAGGAUCAGCCAUAGGUGCUGCUGUCGUAGGUGUUGUUGGUGCAGGUGUUGCUGGAGCAGACAAUCAGAAACCCCAGGAACCAGAAAGGCGUGAGAUAAAGGGCUUACCUGAUGACCACCUGGUGAAACGACAGGAGAACAUCAAGAUGCCGGUGCAGAGACACACAGACACUGAACCAUUACAGACAGCAUAUGGCUUUGCAAAAGGUUUCCUCAAUCAAACAAAUUCUAAAAGCGUUCCAAAAACGCCCACUACAAAUGCAAGCAAUAGUCAGACUGCAAGUUCAACUACAAGCGCUGCCAGCUCGACCUCAGGUCAAGGUCAAACAUCUACAACACAAGGUCAAGCAUCAGGCGGUACCCAGAAUUCGUCUGCAGGUCAAAGUCAGAGUAGUUCAGGUCAAGGUCAGAGCAGUUCAGGUCAAGGUCAGAGCAGUUCAGGUCAAGGUCAGCGACCAGGCUCAAAUACAACAUCAGGAGCACAACCUGGCAGUGGUACAACAUUUAGAGCACAGCCCCAGUUUCAGAAUUUUAAUGAUCCAACCUCCAUCCAUGUAGAACUCAAUGCUGAUGGUUCGAUGUCGGGCGACUUCAACCCCCUGUCUCUCCCGGCGGGGGUUCAGUUCGGAGAGAACAAUGUGAUGGUAUUGAACUGUGAUGACGACGGCAAUGUGAGUCGCAAUGACAUCAGUGGUGCUGGGAGUACCCGCAAGAGGUCCACGGAUUACAGGUCAAAGUUCAAGAAAAUGUCAAAGAAACAUAGAAGUGUUUUAGGGAGAGGGGAAGAGAUAGAUUUUGACCAUGUUAACUUGAUCGCUGAUGACAUUGGUCCGAAGUGGAUGGAUUUGGCUGUAGAGGUGGAAAUGAAAGGCGAAAAACUUAGAGAUUUGAAAUUGGAAUACAAGAUGAACAAGGGACAAGACGACUAUGAUUACUGCAUGCGAGUCAUCAAUGAUCUACUGCAGAGAAAGCCUUUCUUUACUUUGAGAGAUUUGAUUUUAUCACUGAAGGAAAUAGACUGUCAGAAAACUGCUAUCAAGUUGAUUGAAUUUGUUCCUUGAUAAUGUGAGUUAUUUUGUCGAAGAUUGUAAGAUCCAGAUGAAUCGGAGCUGCAGAUGAGUGACGUGACCCCCUAUUUGAUGACUCAAAAACAAAGUAUAGCAAAUGUAAGAUAGCUUUGCUUCUUUCACCAAAUAUAAAUCUACCUACAGGUAUGUGAGAUUCCUCUUUGAUCAUUUUUUAAAUAUAAAUAUUUAAUUAAAAUAUAUAUGCUUGAGAGAAAAUAAUUGUUUUUAAAAACAAUGGACUGAUUUUUUGUAAUAUAAUUAGUUUUUUAUUUCUCUUGCUUUUUUCUGGAUGCACUGACACAGUCUUUACAUUUUUACAUAAUGUCACUGAAAAUGUGACAAAUUGUUGGUAGUGUUGUCUUUCUUUUGUUCUGAUCAGAAUGUCUGUUAUUAUAUGUUAAAUUUGAUUAACUUUCCUGGGUGUCAGCUGAUUUCCAGUUGUGCGUUUGUGUGAUGUGCCCCACCUAGUGGAAUCUGUUUAGGAAGAUAAUCGAGACUGGUUCUUAUCUUAUGUUGAUGUUUUAUUUUUAUGAUUAUAUGAUUAUCCAUCACUUCAAAAUAUGAUAAUGUGUGUAUUCUGUACUAUGACCUAUAACUAUUGUUGUACCUACAACCUUCGACUCCACUUAUAUUAUUAAACACCACAUUCAAUUUGCAACACGUCAUGGUCCAAUGCAGCUCUCAAUAUCCAGUCCGGGAUUGGAUGGUCAGACCCACAGACUUGGUUGAUGCAUUUCAUUGUAUCCCAUAUGCUAGAUUGUUUACAGACUGCCAUCAUAUAGCUGGAAUAUUGCUGAGUGUGGCAUUAAACAAUAAACAAUACAUAGAUCAAUGCAUGGGGUAGAAUAGGUCUUCAGCAACCCAUGCUUGCAGUAAAAGGCGACUAUGCUUGUCGUAAGAGGCGACUAACCGGAUCGGGUGGUCAGGCUAGCUGUCUUGGUUGAUGCAUGUCAUCGAUCCCAAUUGUGGGGAUUGAUGCUCAUGAUGUCAAUCACUGGAUUGUCUGGUCCAGACUCGAUUAUUUACAGACUGCCGUCAUGUAGCUGCACUAUAUUGCCGAGUGUGGCGUUAAUCAAUAAACAAACAAACAAUAUCCAGGCAUAUCACAAUGCGGGACACUAAGGACCUGCACAUGUUGUCAUGUGGGCAUCGUUCCCAGGUCUUAGGCCAAUAGCGCUGUUGUUGAAUGUCACCAAUCAUCUGCAUGGUUCACACACCAUACAGCCAUGCAGACAUUGUUCUCACUACAAAUUACUUUACAAAUUACAAUUAGAGUCCAAUGUCUCCAUCUUCUCCAUCAAGCACCAGCUUUCUUCUUCUUUGUACUAGUAUUUGGGACUUCCCUUUUGUGAUUAAUGAAGACUUGAUGUUCAAUACUAGUUUUAGAACCAAGUUUAAGAAUUAGAAACAGAAAUAGGUUUAAUUUGCUUUGUUUAACAAAUAGCAUUACUGAUAAACAUGCAAAACUGAUUCUAUGUGAGCUUUGUCUUGAGUCAUUUUUUAUCUAAGUUGAAUGAUUGAUGCAUUGAUGUUGAUGCUACAUUGUCUGUUUUUGCUUGUUAAUUGCUUAAAAAACAUGGAUUCAAGAGUGUGAAUAUCAUGGCUCCACUUACAAAUCUUUUGAUAUGUGCAAAGAAAAAUGAGUUUAUUUGCCAAGGGCAAUAUUAGUUUAUGUCAUUCUUAAUUUGUAUAUUUAAGAUUUAACCUUAAGGCUAUGUGUAAAUCAGUAUUACCAUAGGAGGCGGCAGGUUUAUUCAGAGUGCUAUGGUUGAAAAUCAACAUGAAAGAAAGUUAAAACUUUGCAUGUGUGACAAUGACUAUGUUGUUUUAGGUUCAUCCGAGGCCUCGUCCACUGGCAUUUACCUUUUGUAGAUGUUGAUAGUGUUACCCAUUGAGAUCAAACUUCUUUGACAUUUAUUAUUACAAUGCUAAUACUGCUACAUACUGAAAUAUGUGCAUACUUGCAAACCAGAUGACCUGACCGCAGAGAUAUAUCUAACUAAUAUUAUUAUCAUGCUAUGUUGACAUAAUGAAUUAUGCUUCACAUUGUAUUGAAUGUCUUUGCUGUACUUCUGGAAAAUAGCAAAUAAAAGGAUUAAUCCUU